CUUGGACCGCGGACUAACUGGAGUGACCCCAGGUGUCAUCCGGGGAUGAUGGGGAUGAAGGUGGUGAUGAUGAAUAGGGCUGUUUUUAUCCGUGAGAACCGCCAACUUUCACUCCCUCUCUUCUUCUACUUCUACUACUUCUUCUUCUUCUUCUUCUUCUUCUCCGUGUGUCUUUAAAGCGCAACAUGCAGAUCUCCCCGAAUGAAGACAAGAUCCCUGUCGUGGGCCCACCUUCAAGCCCUCAGGGCAGCGAAGAGGGCCUUUACUUCUCUGACGGCAGGCGGAAAGUUGACUACGUCCUGGUCUUCCACCAGCGGCGGCACGGCUCCAUACGAUCUCGUGCCAGCACCUCAGUGUCACACGACAGGCUGUCCAUCGUUUCCAACGGCAACUUUCCCCCCUCGGCGGGCUCGGAUGCGGCGGCGGUGCCGGUGCUGGCGCCGAUGCCGGUGCUGGUGCCGGUGCCGGCGGCCGGGAGAGGAGGCAGCGUACCAGGAGGGGAGGAUGCGCGAGUCGGAGAGGUCUUCAUGGAGCUCGGUGAUGCGGGAGGGAGCGAGCCAACGGAGCCCGCCGACCACGAGAUGCGUCUCAUCAGGCAGGAAUUUGAGGCCAGCCUGCUGGAGGCCGGCCUGGAGAUAGAGAGAGACAGAGAGUUAAAGAACCACGGCCCCAGCUUCACUCGUCUACAUGCGCCCUGGCCAGUACUGUGUCGGGAGGCUGAGUUUCUCAAGAUUAAAGUCCCCACCAAGACGAGUUACGAGCUGAAAGAGGAGAGUGGUUUCGGGUCCAGUAUGAGCACAGUGUGGAGGAAAAUGAACCUCCCGUUCCAGCCUAAAGUACCUCACCAGGAACAAGAACGCACCAAAUUUCUCACACACUGCUUCACCAGGGACAAACUCCACCUAUACAACAUCACAUCUAAAGACACGUUCUUCGACAACGCCACACGGGGCCGAAUAGUAUAUGAGAUCCUGAGACGGACAGUGUGUGUGCGAACCUGUCAAACCAUAGGCAUCAGCACGUUGAUAGCUAAAGGAGUGUAUGACGCCGCCUUCCCUCUGCACGAUGGUGACUAUAAAGUCAUCGGACAGCUGGAGGAGAGGAGCGACAGACAGGUUCUGCACGAUGAGUGGGCCAGAUACUCUGCCUUUUACAAGUACCAGCCCAUUGAUCUGGUCAGGAAGUACUUCGGGGAGAAGAUCGGUCUGUACUUCGCUUGGCUCGGUGUUUACACUCAGCUGCUGAUACCGGCCUCCAUAGUGGGAAUCAUUGUGUUUUGCUAUGGGGUGGCAACAGUGGAUACUGACAUACCCAGUCUGGAGAUGUGUGACGAGCGUCUCAAUUUCACCAUGUGUCCUCUGUGCGACGGAGCCUGUGACUUCUGGCAGCUCAGCACGGCCUGCGGCACCGCCAGGGCUUCACACCUCUUUGACAACCCCGCCACCGUCUUCUUCGCCAUCUUCAUGUCCCUCUGGGCGGUGCUGUUCCUGGAGCACUGGAAGCGCCGCCAGAUCAGUUUGAGCUUCAGUUGGGAUCUGACCGGCAUCGAGGAGGACGAGGAACAUCCCAGGCCAAAAUACGAGACCAUCCUCCUCCAGAAGAGGCAGAGGAAGCAGAAAACUAGGAAGAAGAAGAAAAAGAACGAGCCAGAGAAGCAGGAGGACAGGACAGUGACAGGGAAGGACAGAUGGAGACAAAAACUUCUGUCUGCCAUGGCUGCAGGAAUACCGGCUGCCAUAGAGAAGUUGACCUGGAAAGACCGUCUUCCUGGAUACUUCAUCAACGUUUCCUCUAUCCUCUUUAUGUUUUGCUUGACGUUUUCAGCCGUUUUCGGCGUCAUCAUCUACCGCAUCACGGUGUCGGCCCUGAUGGCGAUGAGCCCCGACCCGGACACCAAGUCCAAUGUUCGGGUGACGGUGACGGCCACCGCGGUCAUCAUCAACCUGGUGGUUAUUCUGAUCCUCGACGAAAUCUACGGUGCCGUGGCAUUGUGGCUGACUGAGCUAGAGAUUCCCAAAACAGAAACCAACUUUGAGGAGCGUCUCAUCCUGAAAGCCUUCCUGCUCAAGUUCAUGAACGCGUACGCGCCCAUCUUUUACGUGGCCUUCUUCAAGGGACGGUUUGCUGGUCGACCCGGAAACUACGUGUACGUCUUCAACGAUUAUCGGAUGGAAGAGUGUGCGCCAGGAGGCUGCCUCAUCGAGCUGUGCAUUCAGCUCAGCAUCAUCAUGCUGGGCAAGCAGCUGAUCCAGAACAACAUCUUUGAGAUCGGCAUCCCGAAGUUGAAGAAGCUGGUGCGCGCGUUGAAGGAUAAAGGACCGGCGGAGAAGGAGAUGGAGGAGGAGAGGCCUCCACAGCAGUGGAACCUGGACUACGCCUUGGCUCCCUUUGAAGGCCUCACGCCUGAAUACAUGGAGAUGAUCAUCCAGUUUGGUUUCGUCUCUCUGUUCGUGGCUUCGUUCCCACUCGCUCCGCUCUUCGCUCUGCUCAACAACGUCAUCGAGAUCCGACUGGACGCCAAGAAGUUUGUUACGGAGCUCCGCAGGCCGGUCGCCAUACGUGCUAAAGACAUCGGUAUAUGGUACAACAUACUGAGUGGAAUGGGAAAAUUCUCCGUCAUUAUAAAUGCCUUUGUGAUCUCCUUCACAUCAGACUUCAUCCCUCGACUCGUCUACCAGUACAUGUUCAGUCAGACGGGCACCAUGCAUGGCUUCAUUGACCACACGCUCUCCUACUUCAACGUGUCCAAUUUUAAACCUGGCACGACACCGCAGGACUUAGAGCAAGGGGCCAUCACCGUCUGCCGGUACAAAGACUACAGGGAGCCCCCCUGGUCUCCAGAUGCGUACACCUUCUCCAAACAGUACUGGUGUGUCCUGGCUGCAAGACUGGCUUUCGUCAUACUGUUCCAGAAUCUGGUGAUGUUCCUCAGCCUCAUUGUUGCCUGGGGGAUCCCCGACGUUCCCAAAACCAUCGUGGAGCAGUUCAAGCGGGAGAAGAAGCUCCUGGUUGACGUCUUUCUCCGGGAAGAGAAGGACAAAUUCCAGCUCAUCCAGAGCCUCUUCUCCAAGGACGCCACCCUCCACCCGGGCCGCCACACGCUCCACCCGGGCCGCCACACGCUCCACCCGGGCCAGGGCUCGCUCCUCCCGGGCCGCUUCAGCACCCUUCCCCCUGGUCCGACGCAGGGCUUGCCCGGAGACGGAGGAGGGCCGAGGGCGAGGAGCAGGGCUGCCAGCUUCAGCCAGUUCAGCAGGAAUAUUCCCCCGUCGCCCAAAAACGAAAACGAGAAUUCCAGACACACGGUGGUGUGACAUGCAACACACACACACACAUAUAUCCGGAGGGGUGCUUCGGCCCGGGCCUCAGCAAUGGAGAGCACGUUGCCUGAGUGAUUCGGUCCUUGAAUGUCCUAACCUGUGUCCUGGUGUCUGACACAGUAGUUCUGUGUGAUCGCGGCAUCAUUUCGAACAAUUCAUCGGUCUCAGUGUGGUUGAAUGUGCAUCGUCCACGCUGGUCGAAUGAGUGUCUGCGUGUUGUUCCCACUUCCACCGACUGUUCACCUGAUGAAAGUGUUCAAAUUUGUACCUUGUUUUUUUGUGGAAGAAUCACUGAUUUAGUGAGGCACACUUGCUUCAUAGCGUAGACAAGCAAUAAUUAUAGUAUUAUCCUGAACAAUCGAAUAUUACAAGAACCUGGAAGAGACUGGAGAUCGAAGAAAGAACUGAUAACGAACGGACAGAUUCAGUGAUGAAGACUUAAUCGACACAAAUGGAUUGAUGGACAUGGGCUCAUUGGGUACUGGGGACCGUCAGCACCUUCCUGCUUCAUGUGCUUACGCUCUUUUAUGUAGCAGCUACAACACUUUUCAAUAUGUGGUGCUGAAGGCACACAUGAGCCUCCCAGGAGAGCACAUCCUUUUCUUUACACUACUUACAUGUGUUACAUCUGAUCUCUCUCCGUAGAAUCCAGGCAUUGCUUUGAAUCAAUGUUCAAACUUUACUGAAAUUGUCAUGUUAGUCGAUUGCACACGUCGUACUGCUCUACAUGUGUGAUGGACGGAUGCACAUGCCAACGUGGAGCGCGUUGCAUGCCACUCAUAGAUUCUAGUCCGAGCUGUAGUUUUUUAGAAAUAGACUGUGAGGCAAAUUAUUUUUUUCCUGUUAGCCAGAUGGACUUCACGGCUGUCAACUGAGUACAGAAUGACUUACACUUAAUACGUUGGUAAUGCAAAGAGAAAGCCCACUCUGUUGCAAACUGUGAAUGCCGGCAAGCUAGAAAUGAUCUUAUCAUGUUAUUACACUGUUUUCAUUGCCAUGGGAACAAAGACUUCCCUCGGCAGCCCUUCCUUCAUUCUAAAAAUAGACUUGUAUACUCUAACAUUCCUGCAGGUAAGUAAUAAAUCCGGGUGACUACUGCCCAAAUAGAAGAACUGUGUGUCGCAUAGAAAGAACGUGCUGGUGUCAUGCAACCGCUGUCAGCCAUGUUUGAAGUCUUUGGCUCUUAAAAAACACAGACUGCAAGCAUAUUUUAUUUUGUACAACUGGACCAUCUAUUUCUGACUGCCAAGCAGUCAUUUCAUCCCUGAUGGAUCUGACUUAUUUUAUCUUUAGGUAAUAGCUUGUUAGCUAGCUACCAUAGGCCUACUUUUAACUAUUGCUGUAUAGUUGUUAACAACUUGUUAGCAUACUAAUUCAAAUAGCUUUUGCAUGUUAAAGUAAAGUAAUCUUCCAUUUUUUGGCAGAGGGCUUACCAACAUGGGCUCAUUCCUAUGUUCCGCAGAUUUAGAUGCCACAUAAUGGGAACAUGGCAAAGGGUGCUAUGUUUCCCAGUUCUACAUAUGGGCUCUCCCAGGCUCCUUUGUUCCGAAGGUGCUAUGUUCCCCCAACCCAUUCUUAUUUCCAGCUCGUCACAUAGGGACGCAUGGUCAGGUCCUUUUGGCAUCCCAUAGGUUUAGUCAACAGAACUACUUGGUUAGGUUUGUUUGGGGUAAAAUGAGUACAUUAUUGACAACCUGGGAAUGAGAACAGGCUGGUUCCCCAGCUCCAUAUAGCACGUAAUGGGAACCUGAAAAAGAUGUUCCCUAGCUCUAUUUGCUUAAUAUGACUUGGGCUAUUGUGGAAACUCGUCAAAGGGAACAAAACACAGAUCUGAACAUAGGGCCCUGGGAAAAUGAGUUCCUGACAGCAUACAACAUUUUGAAAAGUUGACUUAAUGUGUAACAGAAUAUUGACCUCGGUAACUUAGGACCCUGGGAACCAAGUACCAUGGAACCUUAGGACCUUGGAAAAUAAGGGUCCUUGGAAAAUACACCUGGAAACAUAGGACCCUGGAAACAGGACCUUAGAAACAAAGGACCCUAGAAACAGGACCCUGGAAACAGGACCCUGGAAACACAGGGCCUUGGAAACUUAGGACCCUGGGAACAUAGAUGUUGCCACUGAGAUUUGGAAGCUGGCGUUGUCACUACUGGUGCACUACUUAUUAGAACAGUCAUAGUCCUGUAGCCCACGAACAUUAAUACGAGAGAUUUUCCCCCUCUCUUCUCUCAACAAGCCCACAUAGUGGUGAUUAGGUGAGGGUAAUGCUCAAUGAGGUAGCUAGCUUUUUACUGAGGAAGUGGAAGCUAAUUAACCUAGCUUGCUAACCUUAGCACUGAUCCCCAACGCUUUUGUUCAUAUUAUUUCAACACCUGAGUCAUCCACAGCUCCCGCACCCUCAGUGUUUGUCCUCCAUUAUAGAAAGAAGGGGAUGUAGCUAGCAUUAGCUGUCUCUCUUUCAUGUUGUCCAGAUUAGGUCAUAGUAAAUGACCAGACUGUCAAAACUCACAGAAAAGCUAGUCUGUAAACCGUAAAUCAGGCUAGGUAUUGGACCACUGAACUUGUCAGUAAUGUCAUGGUUAAUCUAGACCAAAAAUUCCCCUGCAGAACACUUAUGUAGGAGGCGCUACCAAGGCAGAAAGAUUGAUUCAACUUAAACAUUUUUGUUUUUUGGUAAUUCCAAUUUUGACCAGACUAGUGUACAAGUCAUAACAAUUUAAGCUAGUUUCCAAGCAAAAAUACAUUUUGAUUUCAGUUCAACUUUACCCAUGAAUGUGUGGAAGUGUCAGUCCUGCCAACAAGACACAAUGGCAGUCUUUUGACAACAUCAAUGUCUGGGGUAUGCACCGGGUGAGCAACUGUCUUUGGAAUGAACAGGCAUCAUGGAACACCGUACCCAGUUCUUGUUGAGAUGUUAACAUGCUGACACGCUGUAAACCUUCAGUACUGUUUCAGAGGCCUUGUAACUAAUCUUGUAUUUCCAAAAUCAACACGAACAUCUGUCUGCUCAGUUCGGACUCAGUGACACAUUGUUCACUUCAAAUGUACUUACAUGGACUUUAGGACGAGGCGAUUGUGAUGGUGGUGUUCUGCUGGUUUCUGUCACUCAAGAAGAGAUAUGUUCAUCCUUACCUGAUCAUUACCUUAAUUAAGCUGCUGUAGAAGUUCUUAACUACAUGAUUGUUAGAUGGAUUAUGAAAUGAUUUGUUCAUGUUGUGUGGUCUGUUUGCUCACCUCAUUGGUCUGUUCUUUUUUUAUUUUGUAUUUUUUGGCCGGGCGGUCCUUGUGAGAUUACCUGGCCAAGAGAAAAAUCCUCAGAAAUGAAUAAACAUACAACCAGUUUGAUGGCAAUAUAAUGCUUCAUGUACAGAUAUUGAAAUGUUUUUUGAAUGGACUUCAUAUUUGUCAUUAUCUCAGGUGCCUGUUUUCCUCUUUUUGGCUUCGCUACUAAAAAAAACUAUAUCGCAACCAGUAGCCUAAACCAGGUGCACAAAAAAUGGUGGUCAAGGGAUAAAUCCUGCCAAAAUCUACUGUUGUUACCUCCUGCCUUUUACCAUUACAGCUUUCUUUCUAUAGUUGUCCCGAUAUGGGAAACAAUACAAGAGCAAGUGGACUGCCCAUUACUUGUUAGUCAUGAUAAAUCAAUUGUAUAAAUACACUCUGAUUAAACCCGGAAGCACUAAUAAAAUGUAGAGUCCUUUAUAACCUGUAUGUUCUUUUCUGCAAGAUGGUGGAGACCAAAACAGAAAUAAAAGAACAAAAGAAAGAGUAGGAUUACUUAACAUGCAUUUGACAACUCCAUUUGGAUGCUAACUGUCAGCUAACUGUGUAGGUAAACUGUUUCCUAAUACAACAUGAGAUGACACUGGUGUCAGGGUGGACAUUCUGAGAAUAUUUCUGCCACCUAGUGGUCACAAACUGCUUUAUACAGCUUUAAAUGUCUCAUCCUCUGAUUGAACCUGUUACCACUACAUCACACAAAGAGUUUAUGACAAUUGGAUUCACGAUUGGUUAGGAUUAGACUUUAAGUGGGUUAACCAAAUAAAUGAAUGUAUGUCA